UCCCGGCUGCCCAGGAUGAGGCUGCUCUUCCCGGCCCUCGUGCUGGUCCUGCUUGCUGCUGCCCGUGCUGCUGAAGACUCCUGCGUGGGCCGCUGCGACGAUGGCUUCGACGCACGACACAAGUGCCAGUGUGACACCCUCUGUGUGUACUACCAGAGCUGCUGCAGCGACUACUCCACUGUCUGCAAAGCCAAAGUGACCCGGGGAGACGUGUUCGCCUUGCCGGAGGACGAUUACUUUGACUACAACCUCACCGUCGAUUUCGGUACAGUAGAGAACACGGAGGCAGCCCCCACAGAACUGCCCACAUCCCCGUUGCUGGCGCAGCCCACGCAGGUGAGCAAGCCGGGUCCUGAGGAGACACUGACAGAGGUGCUCGUGGAGGAGGUGCCCACCACCACCCCAAAUGGGUUUGGGGAGCAGGAGCCCGAGGAACUCUGCAGCAGGAAACCUUUUGACGCCUUCACCGACCUGAAGAAUGGUUCCCUGUAUGCUUUCCGAGGGAAGUACUUCUACGAGCUGGAUGAGAGGAGCGUGCGGCCUGGCUACCCCAAGCUCAUCAGCGACGUCUGGGGCAUUGAGGGCCCCAUCGACGCAGCCUUCACCCGCAUCAACUGCCAGGGCAAGACUUACCUGUUCAAGGGCAGCCAGUACUGGCGCUUUGAUGAUGGAGCCCUGGACUCUGGGUACCCACGGGACAUCUCCGAGGGCUUUGAAGGCAUCCCAAACGACAUCGACGCGGCCUUCGCCCUCCCCGCGCACAGCUACCACGGCAAUGAGAGAGUCUAUUUCUUCAAGGACAAGUACUACUGGUCCUACGACUUCGCCCACCAGCCCACGCAGGCUGACUGCGAGAAGUCCUCCCCCUCGGCCGUAUUCAACCAUUAUGCCUUCAUGAACCGCGACAGCUGGGAGGACGUCUUCCAGAUCCUCUUCGGCAGCAGGAUGACCGGGGCAAGCAGCCAGCGGUACAUCAGCAAAGACUGGCGGGGGGUGCCCAGCCGGCUGGAUGCUGCCAUGGCCGGCAGGAUCUACGUGGCCUCCCAGCAGCCCCGGAGGAGAAAGUCUCGCCGCCAGCGCAAGAGGUACAAGAGCCACCGGUCACUGAAUUUGGGUUUCUGGAGCUGGCUGCAGAACGACUCUGACUCCGCGGGUGUUGAAAGCGACUGGCUGUCGGGCUCCCAGUGUGACACCCUCCAGAGUGUCUACUUCUUUGUAGGAGACAAGUACUACCGCGUCAACCUGCGCACCAAGCGCGUGGACCUGGUGCAGCCCCGCUACCCGCGCUCCAUCGCCAAGUACUGGCUGGACUGCCCGCAGCCCGGGGAGGAGAGCACCUGAGAGGGCCCCCCCAGCGUCACCCGGCAGCACAGCCCCUAGCUAGACAGAA